AUGCCAAAAUCACCACAAAUUGCAGUGGAUACGGAUAUCUACCUGUCAACCGCCUAUGGCGAUGAUUGGCAGUCAGAGACGACGUCUAUCGGUUCCUCAAUUUAUAAGGGCUUGAUGGAAAAUGGAAGACGGUAUCAAACUCUGAGCGACAAAGAAUAUCUGGUUCCGUCCGAUGACCAGGCAUUCGAGUCCUACGAAGUCGGUCAUCUGCUCGCCCUCGUUCUAGAUUCGGAACGAGAGAACCCGCUCUUCAGGGCACCCAUCGGGAGGAGCCCCAAACAUAUCCUCGACAUUGGAACGGGUAAGGGUAAUUGGGCUAUUGAUGUUGCCGACAUGUUCCCAUCCGCAACGGUCCGAGGAGUCGACCUCUUCCCACCUCCCGUUUCAUGGAUGCCGCCCAAUUGUAUCCUCGAAGUCGACAACGUCCUAGAAGAAUGGACCUGGAAAAACCCCCUCGACCUGAUCCACAUGCGGAUUCUGGAUGGCUCAUUCGACUCCGCGGGAUGGGAUCAUGUCUACACCAGUUCCUUGAAACAUCUACGGCCAGGAGGCUGGAUAGAACAACUUGAAGGUAGUACAUCCAUCGAAUGUGACGACGAUAGCCUGCCAGCAGACAGCAUCCUGCGAACCUGGGGCCCAACUAUGAACGCAUGCGGUGCGCGCGGUGGACUCAAGCUCAAUACCCUUGAUGGCAUGCGCGGCAUGAUGGAGAAGGCUGGGUUUGUGGAUAUCCACGAGAAGGCAUACCAGUGGCCUAUUGGCCCGUGGGCUCGAGAUCAGAAAUAUAAAGAGGCGGGCGUUGUCAAUUUCCAACAUUGGCUUUCGGGGAUGGAGGGAUGGUGCAUGUGGUUGCUGACCCACUUCGGUGCGCCGCAUCCUUGGUCAAAGGAUGAGGUUACUGUUUAUCUGGCAAAAAUCCGAUCGGAACUUAAGAAUCCAAGAUAUCAUAUUUAUCAUAGAGCACGACGUGUGUGGGCGCGCAAGCCCUUUCCCGACGAGCGUACGCCUGAGAUGACCCCGAUCAAGGAUGAGGAAAAGUUCAAAGAGGAGCGGUGA